AUGGCGGGAAAUUCGCAGACAUUGUAUACAGUUUUCCAGAAGCGCUCUAUUUGUGUUCGCGUUUUCGGGCACGUGCCGGAAGGAAUAUAUUGUACAUGGGGUUGGGCUAGACGGCGCUUCGUGGAAUUUUCGUCGAGAAACGACUUUUCGGGCACAGGGGACGGUCUAUGCGAUAAUGACGAUUACGCGGACAACGGGAAAAUUGUACGUCGUAAUCCGACCAACGAACGGUUUCUAUUUCCCGAUUACGAGUAA